CAAAAAUAAAAAGGGGCCCUUACAGAUGCUGUAUAUGAAGUACCAUGUUGUGGUAAUGGCGCAUGUAGCUGUAAGAGGGAGAAGCAAAACAUGCUGCAGCAGUCAAGUAACGAUGACUUUACAGGAAGUUCUGAUUCUAACAGAGAACACGUUCAAACCGCUCAGCACCCUAAAAAUGUUUUUAGCAUUUUUGCUAACUCAGCUUGAGUUUAACCUUUUUUUAAAAACAGUUAUAAUUGGCAUGUUAAAUUAUAAUGUACUUUUCAAUGCAAUGACACUUUAAAGGUUUAUAAUGCAAGCUCUGUAUUUAAAAAUGACUGUUUGUCUGCAGAACUAGAAAAUAUAGAUAUUUAACUAAAGUUCUUUAACUAAUAAUAAAGGAGCCCUACAAUCUCCCAACUUAAUUUAUAUUUUUGUGUUAUGAUAUCUAUUUAAAUAAUGCCUGUACAUUAUGUCACACUCCGCAGAUAUGACAGUAUUAGCACAAUAUAAGAAUCAAUAAGAACAUGGCUAGGUCAUCAGGAGCCCAUAUUCCACCACAGUUGUGUUGUUCCUGUCUCAGAUUUGAUACCACUGAGGAAUUUCUUUUGGAUUUGUUUGUUUUGCUGUCUUCAGUAGUUUAUUUGUCUGCUUUAUAGACAAGGAAUAGUGAUGUUUUCUAAGAACUCAUAUGUGGGAUGGGUGGGUUGGAUGAUUCUCUCUCUCUCUCUCUCUCUCUCUCUCUCUCAUCAUUUCCUCUUUUUCCUGCCACAUUUACAAGGCUGAACUUCUGUUCAGCAACAAAACGAGAUCAGCAAACACAAACAUUACAAUUUCCAAUUUCUCAGCACAACUUGGAAAAUGCACUGAAUGAUUAGCUGUGGCACUUGUAUGAGCAAAUCACAAAAAAGGACAAUGAACAAGCCAAAGAGUGCCGAUCCAGAAUGCUUCUCUCUGGAGAUGGAUGACAGGACAGAUGAGGAGAGAGCAAAGGCCAAAGCAGCCAAGAAGGCGUUCGGGAAGGGAUGCCCGGAGAGGCACAGGAUGCCGAUGGACACCGAUUUCCUAGAGGAUCAUGGAGAUAUUCCAAGCCAAAUCCGAUUCAACCUGAACUUCAAUAAAAAAAUACAAGGGAUACAAGAAGAUCACGAACAGCGAAAGAAAGUAAGAUUUGACCUUAAACGCUUGUUUGAGGCGGUGUCCAGCGGUAACGUGGCAAACCUCGAUGGCCUGCACGACUACCUAAAACACACAAACAAAAAGCUCACAAACACUGAAUACCGGCCCAAUGGUAAGACAGCACUUCUGAAAGCCCUGUUAAACCUGAGAAAUGGAGAGAAUGAAACAAUAGAGUACUUACUGGACAUUGCAGAGAAAAUGGAUUAUCUGAAGGAGUUUGUGAAUGCCGCAUAUACUGACUGCUACUAUGAAGGGCAGACGGCUCUUCACGUAGCCAUUGAGAGGAGGAGUAAGCGCUUCGUGGAGCUGCUUAUUCAGAAAGGGGCUGAUGUCUAUAAAAAGGCUUGUGGCAGCUUUUUCCAACCACACGGUGGAACAUGUUUCUACUUCGGGGAGCUUCCGUUGUCUCUGGCGGCAUGCACCAAUCAGAAGGAGAUAGUAGAUCUGCUGAUGGACAACCCUUACCAGAAAGCAGAUGUGAGGCAGAGGGACUCUCAGGGCAACACGGUUCUCCAUGCUCUCGUGGUGGUGGCCGACAACAGUCCCGAGAACACAGAUUUCAUCAUAUCUAUGUAUGACUACAUCCUUUCAAAGGACAUUCAUCUGAAUCCCAGGCAUGGAAAUCUGGAGGACAUAAUGAAUUUCCAGGGGCUAAGUCCCAUCAAGCUGGCUGCAAAGACUGGAAAAAUUGGGCUGUUUGAACACAUUCUGCAUCGCGAGUUCCAGGAUGAAGCAUGCAGACACCUUUCUCGAAAGUUCACCGAGUGGGCAUACGGCCCUGUGUAUGCCUCUCUCUACGACCUGGACUCUCUUGAUACCUACCAGAAAAACUCUGUCCUGGAGAUAGUUGUUUAUGGAACAGAGACACCUCAUCGCCUCGAGAUGCUCCAAAUCGAACCCCUUAAUAAACUGCUGGAGGACAAAUGGGACAGAUAUGCCCACAGGAUCUUCUUUACUAAAUUCAUCAUUUAUCUCUUCUACCUCUGCAUCUUCACAGUCAUGUGCUGUAUACACAAGGGCAUGAAGCACCCAUUUCAGAACGGGAUCGAAAACUACCUGCUUUUUACGGGACAGGUCAUCAUCAGCAUUGGAGCAGUCUACUUCUUCUUUAAAGGGCUGAUGGACAUAAAGAGAAAACGUCCAAGCCUGCAAACGCUGAUGAUAGACGGCUAUUCUGACAUACUCUUUUUCUUUCAGGCACUGUUCUUCCUGGUUGCUGCAGGCCUGUAUUUAUGCAAGCAGGACACGUACGUGGCCUUUCUCGUGGUCUCCCUGGCCAUGAGCUGGAUCAACCUCCUCUACUUCUCCAGAGGCUCCCGCCACAUGGGGAUCUACAGCGUUAUGAUCCAGCGGAUGAUCUUGGGAGACAUCCUGCGCUUCCUCUUUGUCUACUUUGUCUUUCUCUUCGGAUUCUCAGCAGCGGUGGCGACGCUUCUUAACGAACCCGAGGAGAACAGCACAUCUACGCUGGGUCGGCAGAACGCCACGAAGCAGGGGCGGACCCUGUACACCCAGGUCCCGGACUCCACGGGCUGCAAGGAGCCCACCUACAAAGACAUCUACUUCACCACGCUGGAGCUGUUCAAGUUCACCAUAGGCAUGGGUGACCUGGAGUUCACCGAGGAUUACAAAUACAAGCACGUGUUCUACCUGCUGCUCAUUAUGUACAUAGUGCUCACGUACAUCCUGCUUCUGAACAUGCUGAUCGCCCUCAUGAGCAAGACGGUGGAAAAGAUGUCCAAGGAGAGCACCCGGAUCUGGAAGCUGCAGCGUGCCAUCACCACCAUUGACCUGGAGAGGACUCUCCCUCAGUGCCUGAAGACAAAGCUGCGUUCGGGAGUGGAGAAAGACCUGGGCAGGAAGGAGAAAGACCUGCGCUGGUGUCUCAGAGUGGAGGAAGUCAACUGGAACAAAUGGAACAGCAACCUGGGCAUCAUCAAUGAGGAUCCUGGGAACUUCAACAAGAUGCCGGACUCGUCCGUCAGGCAUCCAGGAGACAACAGCUGGCGCGGAUUCCUGAGGGACUUCAGCCGGAAGAGGCCCAACAUCCAUGUCUACGAAGAAGAGCGCGAGAUCAGCCCCCUGGCGACUGCCUCCGUCUGACAGAGCAGUGCACCACAACAAAUACCAUCACACUAGGGCUCGAGAAGGGCUGUCCUGAGUACAGAUGGAUGCGGGUCUGGUUGACAGGUGGCCAGAUCUGCUGUUGAUGUGCCCGACUGCAAUGUUUAAAUCUAACCCAACUCUAUGGAACAUGGUAGUAAUAUUCAAGGGUUUUGUUUGUUUGUUUGUUUGUUUGUUGUUUUUUAUGACUGGGUUUUUUUGUUUUUUUGGGGGGGGAACUAAAUGCUGUAAGGGAGCAGAUCUCCAAGAGCCAAGCAAGCCAGCCCUGCUUUAACAGUGUUAAAAAGAUCUAAUAACUGUAACUGCAAUGUAACAAUCAGUGAGGAAUCACAUAUAUUUAACAUAUAGUAUAUACAACUACAUGGUGAGUGCAUUUCUGAGGGAAAAAAUCUUUAUUCAUUGCGCAACUAAAAUACAAUUUUAAAAAGAAACCUGGCUGUAGUUAUACUUCAAAGUUACACUCUGAGAGCCUGGUGAGUUUGAAUGUCAUGUUUUUAACAUAGCCAUCUUGGUAGGUGUAAUGAACAGCUAUAAUUCAAUUUAAUGUAAUUAAACAAUAUGAAGAAUG